UGCAGCGCUGCAUCACAGUUAGAACAUUUACGAGGUUCCCACCUACACAUCCAUAUCCAUCGUAACCAGGCACACAUCAAAACAAUAGUACCAUCACUAUGGGAGCUUACUGGUCUGCAGUUAUGGGAAAACGAAACCCAAGUGAGGCUGAAGAAGAUGACAUUAGUCCCCUUACAGAUGAUAUGCACUAUCUUCAACGACGGAAAUCAUUGACGAAAGAGCUAAGAAGGUACUACAGUGAAGCUGUGGCCAUCCCAAAUGCCAAGCGGAAGAGGGCUAAGGAGGUUGUUGAAGACAUUAAACGCUCUCUCCAAUGGUUUGUAGGUCUUAUGCCUAUCAAUGAGAGUGAAUCGAAGUACAUUUUUGGCAACAUCAUAUCUCAAGGCAGUAGUUAUGAAGGACUAAAAGUAAUUGAACCAAAUGAGUUUGACCUCUUACUGCCAUUGGAAUUGGAGGAUGGCUUAUGGACCUACACUGCAGAAACUGCUGAGGAACACAAUGAUGACGCAAUUGUAGCACAAACCCAGUAUUUUUAUAUUGAGAAAGAUGAAAAUGCGAAGACCCUUUAUGAGAAUGCCAUUUUCAAUUGUGUGUACUUGGAUCCUAUCACGAUAAAACAGAGAAUGCAAUCAAUUGUACAAAGGGCCAUAAAUAAAAUGAAUUUCCCAUAUCUCCAAGGAGAUAUAACCCUCUGCCAUGGUCUAGGCCCAGCACUGACACUUGGUGUGUGCUAUGAUGAUGAUAAACAAAAAAUGAAAAUCGAUAUUGUUCCUUCAAUUAGGAUUGAUGACAAUCUGUUCGUUGCGAAGAAGCACCCUGACGCUGACUAUAAAAGUCCUGAGAAUAUGCACAAUUACCUCUGGCGUGAAAGUUAUUCAGAGAAAGAAAAAAAAAUUAUCAAAAAAAUGGAUAAGGAGGACGAAUGUCGCCGUACUUGUUUGAAGAUCCUUAAGACAAUUCGUGAGAAGAAGGAGAAGAAGGCCUCAUUACUAGAAGAAGCACUGGAUUCCUAUCACCUCAAGACAUGUAUGCUGCAUCUAAACGACGACAAAACUAUUGGGCCAUGGGACAAGGACAAACUCAAAUAUCGUUUCAAAGAUCUUCUACGAAAACUGCUGGAAUUUCUAGAAAAGAAAACAAUGCCAAACUAUCAUUGUUCUGGAGUAAACCUUUUGUCAACCAUAAAAAACUCUCAACGAAUAGGCAUCAUAAACUGGCUUACCAGCAUACUUGAUUCAGACGACGAACACAUUAUAAAUGAAAUGCUGUCGUGAGCAUUUACAUCGUCAUUGUACUAUUGGUUUAAAUGUAGCUGAAAAAGCUUUUAUUUUGAAACUCGCAAUUAAUUUACUAUUGAUUCUGUAUUAUUUAUUAUGCCAACAAAUCUAUUUGGGAAGAUGAUUCGAUGAGCGGCGGCUCAUUUAGGACCAUCAGUACAUAAUGAAGCGUUCCAAAAAUGUUAGUACACAUUAUUUUGUCUACAAGUUUAUACUAUUAAAACUGCAAAAACAAACGACGUUAAAGAAAACAGGCCUUUCCGAUAUAUAUAUAUAAUAUAUAUAUAUAUAGUAUGUA